AUGCAGCUGCCAAGGCAGGGAUGCUCUCAGGGAUUAGCAGUCCAAGCCAUUGCAUUGCUUUGCACUCCGUUGACCCGGCCCUUCGCUCCCAUUGCGUUCCGGCUCUCUUCUUCCAUCUCCGUCUCAUGGAAGGCUCCCGGCAGCAUGAGUUCCGCCGGGAUCCAUCAAGGCUACCUCCGGAAGUAUGGUGGCUUCCUCUUUAAGCAGUGGAAGGAGAAGUUCCUGCUGCUCUCGGUGGACGGGAGCCUGCUGGUGUGUCCGGACGCGCACUCCCCGGCCGAGACGGGCAUCGCCCUGGGCAGCGGCUGCCAGGACAUCCUGGAGGGCGGCCAGAUCCGGGACCUCCCGCCCCUCCCGCCGGGCGCCCAGAGGGACAGCUGCCUGGGCCUGCGCCUCCACGGGGGGAAGGUCCUGCUCCUCCUGGCCCCUGACCGGCAGCAGUGCAGACAGUGGCUCAACAUCCUGAGAAAAGUCAAAGAGGGUUUUUCUUUGGGUUCUCCUUCUCGUUGCAAAGUCCACAUUGACUCCCCAGGAAGGAAAUGUUGUCGGAAAGGAGGGAGCCUGGGAGAGAGCGGAGGCAGCAACGGAGGGUCCCCCAGCAGAGAAGGUCCGGUGUCCAUUCCCUGCCACGGGAGCUGCUCCCCACACUGCUUGCGCCACGGGCCUUGCUCCCGCCCGGGGGUCAGGGCGGCCUGCAUCCUGGUGGGGGGCGCUGCGGCCGGCCCCUCCAUGGGCUAUAUGGUCACUUCGGCCGGCGCCGGCCACCCGGCCGAGUCCCACCCGCCGGACUUCAAGGAGCUGGGCUACCACCCUUCUGCGUGCGACGCUACCGCUGAAGCACACUACGAAUCCCUGGACUGCGAGGGGUUGGACCAGGACUUCGACAGCAUGCUGGACUUCGGGGGGUUCGCCUUCUAGGAGAGGUAUCCGCACUAUAGAAUUAAUACAGUUUGACACCACUU